AUGCCGGGAGGAAUAGGGGAAUAUUCACCCUCUGACAUGAUGUUCAGAACCAUGAAACACAGCACGGCUCUGCUCCUGCAUCUCCUCCUGGGCUCAUGUUCAGCCUACACUUACCGUAAGACAGAAAAUGUGGCCAUACGUGGAAAAGCAACCCAGUCAAUCCAGUAUCUCCAUGCAUUAUCAAUGGCCGGCAAUGCCAUCGAUGGAAACCGGGAUCAUGACUUCCACUCUGGAUCUUGUACCCACACUUCCACACAGACCAACCCCUGGUGGAGAGUAGACCUGAUGGAGUCCUACAUCGUCACCUCCCUCAUCAUCACCAACAGAGGAGACUGCUGUGCAGAGAGACUCGACGGGGCCCAGAUUCACAUUGGAAACUCUUUAGAUCUCAAUGGAUUAGCAAACCCACUGGUUGCAGUGAUCCCUCAUAUUGCAGCUGGAAGGUCUUCAAAAAUUCCCUUAACCAAACCUGUGGAGGGACGUUAUGUGACUGUGACUCUGACAGGACGUGGAAAGAUCCUUACCCUCUGUGAAGUGGAAGUGUACGGAUACCGUGCACCAACAGGAGAGAACCUUGCACUCAAAGGAAAAGCCACACAGUCAUCACUUUAUGACGCACAAGGCAUUGCAUACAAUGCCAUUGAUGGGAAUCGUCAUAAUGUCCGGCUUGAUGGGUCCUGCACUCACACCAAACAAGACUUCAGUCCCUGGUGGCGAGUGGAUCUGACAAAAACCCAUAAAGUGUUUUCUGUUAAGAUCACAAACCGCAGAGAAGCCAAGUACUCCCCACGGCUGAUCGGAGCAGAGAUUCGUAUUGGAGAUUCUCUUGCCAACAAUGGCAACAGCAAUCCCAGGUGUGCUGUGAUUAAAAACAUCCCAGCGGGUGCUACUAAGGAAUUCCAGUGUAAUGGGAUGGAUGGUCGCUAUGUUAACAUUGUUAUCCCUGGUAGAGAGGAGUUCCUGACCCUGUGUGAGGUGGAGGUUUAUGUUAUACCAGCCUUCAACAUUCAACAUUCAUUCAACAUUAACAGCAGCUCCUCGUCUUCUUCUGUGCUUUCUUUGCAAGAAAAGUCUGUAUCAAACAGAACCAUGAAACACAGCACGGCUCUGUUCCUGCAUCUCCUCCUGGGCUCAUGUUCAGCCUACACUUACAAAAACGUGGCCAUACGUGGAAAAGCAACCCAGUCAACCCAGUUAUCCAAUGCAUAUGCAAUGGCCAGCAAUGCCAUCGAUGGAAACCGGGAUCAUGACUUCCACUCUGGAUCUUGUACGCACACUUUAUCCCAGACCAACCCCUGGUGGAGAGUAGACCUGAUGGAGUCCUACAUCGUCACCUCCCUCAUCAUCACCAACAGAGGAGACUGCUGUGCAGAGAGACUCGACGGGGCCCAGAUUCACAUUGGAAACUCUUUAGAUCACAAUGGAGUAGCAAACCCACUGGUUGCAGUGAUCCCUCAUAUUGCAGCUGGAAGGUCUUCAAAAAUUACCUUAGCCAAACCUGUGGAGGGACGUUAUGUGACUGUGACUCUGACAGGACAUGGAAAGAUCCUUAGCCUCUGUGAAGUGGAAGUGUACGGAUACCGUGCACCAACAGGAGAGAAUCUGGCACUCCAGGGAAGAGCUUCACAGUCAUCUCUGCAUGUAUAUGGUGUUGCAUAUCAUGCCAUAGAUGGAAAUCAUGCCAGCCGCUGGCACCAGGCCUCCUGUGCUCACACAGCCAAUGAGAAUACCCCCUGGUGGCGACUGGACUUGGGCAAAACCCAUAAAGUGUUUUCUGUUAACAUAACCAACUACAGCAAUCAUCCCGAAUUCAUUAGGGGAGCUGAGAUCCGCAUCGGAGAGUCCCUUGAGAACAACGGCAACAACAAUCCCAGGUGUGCUAUGAUUGAAAACAUCCUGGCGGGUGUUACUGUUGAAUUCCUGUGUAAUGGGAUGGAUGGUCGCUAUGUUAACAUUGUUAUCCCUGGUAGACAGGAGUUCCUGACCCUGUGUGAGGUGGAGGUUUAUGGCUCUGUCCUGGAUUGGGACAAAGAUAUGCAGGUACAUCACAAAGAUUAG